GCAGAGAGUCAACUUGCUCUCCGCUCAGCGAUUGGCUGGAAGUCAGCGGUCUCCCGCCUGCGGCGCCAUCGCGCUAUUCCUAGUUAAGGCGGCACAGGACCGAGGCGGAGUGUGGGUGACUCUUCUGUUCCUUGGGUCCAGUCGUCUGUGAUACUGCAGUGCAGCCAUGGCAGAACCGCAGCCCCCGUCCGGCGGCCUCACGGACGAGGCCGCCCUCAGUUGCUGCUCCGACGCGGACCCCAGUACCAAGGAUUUUCUAUUGCAGCAGACCAUGCUACGAGUGAAGGAUCCUAAGAAGUCACUGGAUUUUUAUACUAGAGUUCUUGGAAUGACGCUAAUCCAAAAAUGUGAUUUUCCGGCUAUGAAGUUUUCACUCUAUUUCUUGGCUUAUGAGGAUAAAAAUGACAUCCCUAAAGAUAGAGAUGAAAAAAUAGCGUGGGCGCUCUCCAGAAAAGCUACACUUGAGCUGACACACAAUUGGGGCACUGAAGAAGAUGAGACCCAGAGUUACCACAAUGGCAAUUCAGACCCUCGAGGAUUUGGUCAUAUUGGAAUUGCUGUUCCUGAUGUAUACAGUGCUUGUAAAAGGUUUGAAGAACUGGGAGUCAAAUUUGUGAAGAAACCUGAUGAUGGUAAAAUGAAAGGCCUGGCAUUUAUUCAAGAUCCUGAUGGCUACUGGAUUGAAAUUUUGAAUCCUAACAAAAUGGCAACUUUAAUGUAGUGCUGUGAGAAUUCUCCUUUGAGAUUUUAGAAGGAAGGAAACAAUGUGAUUCAAGAUAUUUACAUACCAGAAGCGUCUAGGACUGAUGGAUCACUGUCCCGAUUCAAAUUCUUCUUCAGUCCAUUUCCCCUUCCUAUUUCAGCUGUUCCUUUUCACCUAACUGUUCAGUCAUUCUGGUUUUCAAGUAGUGCUUUAUCUUAUGUCCUUGAAUACAGUUGUAUAACUUUAUUUUUUAGGUAAUAAUUAGAACAGUUCCCUUCAGAGGCUGCAUUUGUCUUCUUCUGCCUCCUAAAUAUUACUUCUCUUCAAAUCUGCCUUUGAAUCAUCAUUUAAAAAAAAAAUUAACAUGUUUUUGUUGUGGUUAUCUUCUGGGGUUUCAAUUCCUCAGAAACAACUUUGUUCACAAUGGAAAGUAAAGAACACUGAAACAGUGUUCUUUCAGUAAAGUACAAAGUGUUUAUUUUACAAAAGAGAAGGUACUCUUGAGAGCAAUUCAAAAUCAUGCUGACAAGGAUACUGAUAGAAAAAGUAAUUUCUUCUUAUUAUAAAGUACAUUUAAAGUUCAAGGACUAACCUUAUUUAUUUGGGAAAGGGGAGGAGGAAGGAAAUGAUAUGGUACCCAGACACUGGGCUAGGCUGCAACUUUAUCUCAUUUAAUACUCCCAGCUAUCGUGUGAGAAAGAAAGCAGGCUAGGCAUGUGAAAUCACUUUCAUGGAUUAUUAAUGGAUUUAAGAGGGCAUAAAUCAGCUCAACUCAAGAUUUCAUAAUCACUUUUAGUAUUUAGAUUGUGCCUCAAAGUUGUAGUACCUCACAAUACCUCCUCCACUGGUUUCUUGUUGUAAAAACCUUCAGUGAGUUUGACCAUUGUGCUCUUGGCUCUUGGGCCUGAGUACUGUGGUGAGGGAGUAAACACUAGAAGUCUUUAGUACAAAACUGCUCUAGGGACACCUGGUGUUUAUAUUUCUCAUAAAGACAAGUGGUGUUUAUAUUUCUCAUAAAGAGUCUUCCCUACCCCAAGGUAUUCAUGAUGCCAGUAGCCAUAUAUGAUAAAUUAUGUUCACAGUGGUAACUUAGUUAUCAGAAAUUAGCUCAGUGGUCUUCCCUGCCAUGAGUCACGUUUGAUGGGUUUUUAAAAAUCAAAGUGAUUUUGAAAAUCUCUAAUGGCUCAGAAAAUAAAAACAUCCAGUUUGUGGAUGACUAUAUUUAGAUUUUCUCUAGACUCUAGUGGAAAACCUUUGGAAAGGCCAUGCCAACCGUGCUUGUACUGCUGGAAGCACUUUACGUUUCCUUUUUGGGUGAAAUGGAUUUAUGUGAGUGCUUUAAACAAAUAGCAAUAGUUAUAGACUGAAAUAAAAAGAAACUUCAAAUAA